AAAGUUGGGUCACUGAAGCAUGACCUUCCCAGCUAAUGUUUCCACCUCGGGGUCAGGUUUAGUAGGUCUGGGUGCAGCCUGUUGGGUAUGGAAAGCCCUCUGCGUAUUCCUGUGCACGACAGAGUUGGAGAAGUGGGUAGAAAUCCUUGCUGCUGUUUUGUUUUCUGGGGAAAAGGACCUGGAGGCCAAGUUCAUCAUUCAAAUGGAGAAAAGCAAAACGACAAUCACAAACUUAAAGAUACCAGAAGGAGGAACUGGGGAUUCAGGCAGAGAACGGACCAAGACCUUCACCUAUGACUUCUCUUUUUAUUCUGCUGACACCAAGAGUCCAGAUUAUGUCUCACAAGAAAUGGUUUUCAAAACUCUGGGUACAGAUGUUGUGAAAUCUGCAUUUGAAGGUUACAAUGCUUGUGUCUUUGCAUAUGGGCAAACUGGAUCUGGAAAGUCCUACACCAUGAUGGGAAAUUCUGGCGAUUCUGGCUUAAUACCUCGGAUCUGUGAAGCUCUCUUCAGUCGGAUCAAUGAAACCACUAGAUGGGAUGAAGCCUCUUUCAGGACAGAAGUCAGCUACUUAGAAAUUUAUAAUGAACGUGUGAGAGACCUACUUAGGCGGAAGUCAUCUAAGACCUUCAAUUUAAGAGUCCGUGAGCAUCCCAAAGAAGGACCGUACGUUGAGGAUUUAUCCAAGCAUUUAGUCCAGAACUACAGUGAUGUGGAGGAACUCAUGGACGCAGGAAAUAUCAAUCGCACCACCGCAGCGACGGGGAUGAAUGAUGUCAGUAGCAGGUCCCACGCCAUCUUCACCAUCAAGUUCACUCAGGCAAAAUUCGACGCUGAAAUGCCAUGUGAAACUGUGAGCAAGAUCCACCUCGUCGAUCUUGCUGGAAGUGAGCGGGCAGAUGCCACCGGUGCCACUGGGGUCAGACUCAAGGAAGGGGGCAAUAUAAACAAGUCCCUUGUGACUCUGGGAAAUGUCAUUUCUGCCUUAGCUGAUUUAUCUCAGGAUGCAGCCAACCCUCUUGUGAAGAAGAAGCAAGUUUUUGUGCCUUACAGGGAUUCAGUUUUGACUUGGCUGUUGAAAGACAGCCUUGGAGGAAACUCUAAAACCAUCAUGAUUGCCACCAUUUCACCUGCUGAUGUCAAUUAUGGAGAAACCCUAAGUACCCUUCGCUAUGCAAAUAGAGCCAAAAACAUCAUCAACAAGCCUACCAUUAAUGAGGAUGCCAACGUCAAACUCAUCCGUGAGCUGAGAGCUGAAAUAGCCAGGCUGAAAACCCUGCUCGCUCAAGGGAACCAGAUUGCCCUCUUGGACUCCCCUACAGCUUUAAGUAUGGAGGAAAAACUUCACCAGAAUGAAGCAAGAGUCCAAGAAUUGACCAAGGAAUGGACAAACAAGUGGAAUGAAACCCAGAAUAUUUUGAAAGAGCAAACUCUAGCCCUCAGGAAAGAGGGCAUUGGUGUGGUGCUGGACUCGGAGCUGCCGCACCUAAUUGGCAUUGAUGAUGAUCUUCUGAGCACUGGAAUCAUCUUGUAUCACUUGAAGGAGGGUCAGACUUACGUCGGCAGAGAAGAUGCUUCAACAGAGCAAGAUAUUGUCCUUCAUGGCCUUGACUUGGAGAGUGAGCACUGUGUCUUUGAGAACGCCGGGGGAACAGUGACUCUGAUACCCCUGAGAGGGUCCCAAUGCUCUGUGAAUGGUGUUCAGAUUGUGGAUGCCACGCAGCUAAAUCAAGGUGCUGUGAUACUCUUGGGAAGAACCAACAUGUUCCGCUUUAACCAUCCGAAGGAAGCCGCCAAGCUUAGGGAGAAGAGGAAGAGUGGCCUCCUGUCCUCCUUCAGCUUGUCUAUGACCGACCUCUCAAAGUCCUGUGAGAACCUGUCUGCAGUCAUGUUGUAUAACCCUGGUCUUUUCCCUAUAAAAGGACCCAUCUGUCUAAGACUUGAGUUUGAGAGACAACAGCGUGAAGAACUUGAAAAACUCGAAAGUAAAAGGAAACUCAUUGAGGAGAUGGAGGAAAAGCAGAAGUCGGACAAGGCAGAACUAGAGCGAAUGCAGCAGGAGGUAGAGACCAGGCGCAAGGAAACAGAGAUUGUGCAGCGGCAAAUCCGCAAGCAGGAGGAAAGCCUCAAACGCCGCAGCUUCCACAUUGAAAACAAGCUCAAGGACCUGCUGGCUGAGAAGGAAAGGUUUGAGGAAGAGAGGCUUCGGGAGCAGCAGGGACUCGAGCAGCAGAGGAGGCAGGAGGAAGAGAGCUUAUUCCGCAUCAGAGAAGAGCUUCGCAAACUCCAAGAGCUCAACAGCCACGAACAAGCUGAGAAGGUCCAGAUAUUCCAGGAGCUGGACCGAUUGCACCAAGAGCAAAAUGCCCAGAGUGCCAAGCUGCGGUUGGAGAAAAGGAGGCUGGAGGAGGAGGAGAAGGAGCAGGUGCAGCGGGUGGCACACCUGGAGGAGCAGCUUCGGAAGAGGCAGGACACUGCUCCUCUGCUGUGUCCUGGAGAGGCCCAGCGGGCCCAAGAGGAAAAGAGGGAACUGGAAAGCAUCCGGGAAGCCCUUUUGCAGGCCAAAGAGAUGAGAGCUGGAGGGGACCAUACCUGUAGGGAUGAACUGGAAAGGGCUCAGCAGUACUUCUUAGAGUUCAAGAGAAGGCAGCUUGUCAAGCUAGCAAGCCUGGAGAAGGACCUGGUCCAACAGAAAGACCUCCUAAGCAAAGAAGUCCAAGAAGAGAAAGUAGCUCUGGAGCAUGUAAAAUGUGACGCAGGGGGUGACCCGAGCUUCUUGGCAACAGAUGAUGGCAACAUUCUCGGUGGGCCUCCAGAUCUAGACAAAAUAAAGACUGCAGAGACCAGGCUACAGAGCAGAGAGCACCAGCUACAGGACCUUCUGCAAAAUCAUUUGCCAGCUCUGCUGGAAGAAAAGCAGAGAGUGCUUGAUGCCCUUGACAGUGGUGUCCUAGGCCUAGACACCACUCUCUGCCAAGUAGAGAAAGAAGUGGGAGAGAAAGAAGAGCAGAUCGCACAGUACCAGGCUAAUGCUAGCCAGCUGCAACAGCUCCGGGCCACCUUCGAGUUCACAGCUAACGUGGCCAGACAGGAAGAGAAGGUGAGAAGAAAGGAAAAGGAAAUACUGGAGUCCCAGGAGAAACAGCAAAGAGAGGCAUUGGAGCAGGCUGUGGCUAAGCUAGAGCAGAGGCGCUCUGCCCUGCAGCGGUGCUCCACCCUGGACCUGGAGAUCCAGGAGCAGAGGCAGAAACUUGGCUCUCUCCACACCAGUGAAUGGUCAGGGUGGCAGGCCAGUCUGGAGACUGAUGGAGAAGCACUUGAGAUGGACCCUGCAAGGUUAGAACAUGAAAUCCAUCAGCUGAAGCAGAAGAUCUGUGAAGUAGAUGGUGUUCAGAGACCUCAUCAUGGGAUUUUAGAGGGGCAGGCCGUUCUCUCCAGCUUGCCACCCAGUGGGGGAAACUCUCACCUGGCUCCACUGAUGGAUGCCAGGAUCAGUGCUUACAUUGAAGAAGAAGUCCAGAGACGCCUUCAUGAUUUGCACAGGGCAAUUGGUGAUGCCAACCAUACACCUGCUGAUGUGAUGAAGAGUAAUGAGGAACUUCACAAUGGCACCACUCAACGUAAGCUAAAGUAUGAGACAGGGCAGCCUUGGUCUGCACCGUGUGUUAUCCCACUUCUGUCCAAAGAUGCUGCUGACUCUCCCAGUGUCCUUAGAGAAGAGAGUGAGAUGUGUCCGAGCAGCCAGAGAAGCCAUCUCAUGUCACAGAACACUUCACUCUCCACAGCGUUCUCUAUGGCCUCCCAAGAGAGAAUGGUUCUACACUCAGGAACUGAGUUGCUGAAGAAUAUUGGUGACAAAUUUUGUUACCCUGAGAAUUCUGGCCACCUUGAACCAAACCGUGCUCAUCUUCUUGAAAUCACUUCCCUUAAUGAAAGGAGCUCUAGAGAUGCACAGAAUUCUCAGGGUGAGUCAGAAAAUGGCAAUGGGUUUAUGGCUCCUGAAGAGAAACAAAGCUGGGGAAUUGAGUCCAGCUGGACAUUGUUGCAACACGUGUCACAGCAAGUGCCAGCAAACAGAGGAAGCCAGCAAGCUAUGCAAAGCAGGGUGCUGCGCUUUGUUCUCUCUGAAAGCCUUUCUCAAAGGGAACAGCCCACUGGCAGCUCUCCUCAGAGAGUAUCAGCUCCUACAUUGAGUUGUGAGCAACAAAAUGAGAAAUACUCCGAUGCUAAAAACACUAGUAUUCUAGCUCCCCUAGUCAAUAUCAGGACAGAAGCAAAGAAGCAACUGGGAUUUUUUUACCACAAAUUCUCAGACCUUUAUAAAGACACCAGCGGCCACCUGAUACAGGCUGGGACGAAAGUAAUGAGCCAAGCCAAGCAUGUUGGGAGUAUGUGUGACCCAGGUGAGCUGACCUCCCAUGUGACAACCUUCAUCAGAGGCCUGCCAUUAUUGGAGCACUUACCCCAGCACCUGCCCUUGAGGUCACUCAUGGUGCCAUCAGGUCCUCCUCCUCUUCCUGAAACUCAGAUUGGCAGCUUCAACAGUGAAGGUGGAGGAAGCCCAAGGUCAGCCAAGAGCACAGCACCUCACAGGAACUUGGCCUUCACAUCUACAGAUGCACCAAAUUCCUGUCUAAAUUCAGUUUUCCGUCUUGACUAUGAAGAUGCUGGGAAGAUCAUUGCAUUUAAGCAGACUCUUGUACCUUUCCCAGAACAAAUGCUGAGGCUUCAAGAGUGCCCUCUCACAGACCUCCUUGAGCACAUGACAUGUUGUUUGCCAGAGCCUGUGGACAUAAUGAAGGCUGUCAAAGGCAUUUACUGGCUUGCAGUUGCUAACUGCUCCCAGCCUGACCCCCAGGCUGCAUGCUUGCUCCUGCUGCCUUCAAUUCUGUAUGCUCUGGUACUGGUAGAUGGUUGCCCAGGCUCCAUGAGCACUUUUCAUGCUCUCCCUCUCACUGCACUGCAGGAGAUUCAGGUCGGCUUUGGUGGGCAGAGCAUUCGUUUCCUGGGCUCCACAGAGGACCUCUUGCUUACUGUGCUUACUUACAACAAGAGCCUCACUCAGCAGCUCUGCCAGGACCUCCUGGGUGUGCUAAUGGCUGGGUCUGAAGCUGCUGCCUACAGCAAUCACCCUUUGCUCCAUCAGGAUCUGGUUCAGCUUUCUCUUGAUUUGAAGGCAGAAAUCCCUGUUUUAGCUUUGGCGAAUGGAGUUCAGUUGUCUUGCAAUUUCCAGACAACCUUGGUAGACAUGGUCUACUUUCUUCAUGGAAAUAUGGAGGCCAGUGUCCCUUCUCUGGCAGAAGUUCAGUUACUGCUCUAUACCACAGUCAGAUUGGAGAGUGAGGCUGCUUGUGCCCCCUGCCUAUCAUUCAUCCUUUUAAACACCCACAUGGCACUCCUGAGGGAGGAUCAUGUGUUUUACCCCCACACUGGCUCUCUAAACACACUUCCUCCACAUGGGCGAUUUGAUGUGAUCACGUGCCAAGCUCUGAGUGAGUUCAGAUGUGUCAUAGUUCCAGAGAAGGACAAAGUGUCAAAGGUAGAGCUGGUCUUCCUAAGGAAACAUGGGCUUCCCUUGAACAGAGGAAGUGGUCUACCUGAGCAGAGUCGAGUUACCUCAAGCACCCAGGUGGUUAUUCCGUUGUGUCUUGAGGAUGGACAGGAUCAGGCACUCGACAUCUGGAAACUCACUUUCAAUUCUCAGGAUGAGGCUCUUUGGCUAAUCUCAUAUUUAACAAGACUCUAGGAAGGAGACAUUUAGAGAUACAGGGCAGUUUCUUUUAGACCUUCAAUAAAAUGAACAUUAUAAAAACAGUCAAGGAAAUAUGAAUGUCUCAGUGUACUUGAUUGAAUGGGAAAAAGCAGAACUCUGAAAUUGAAAGUGUAAAUAUUUUGAAUAAAGCAAAGUGAAAAUAGCUGAUAGCAGAGAACUGGAAAAAUAUCUUUAUUGCCACCUGCUUCAUUGUCUCAAAGCUCAGAUUGUAAAUUUGGAUCUGCUCAAUUACUGGUGCCAUGAUUAAAGCAUUCUGACAGCUUGGCUUAGUUGUCUGUUUAUGGUGUGGUAGCUUGGAAUCGGGUGGUGCCUGCUGGCGUCCAGUGGACUAAUUUGUGCUGUCUGGAAAGGUGCCCAGUCUGGCAGUGACCUUCAUCAACACCCUCCGUGUUGCCCAUGAGUAGCACAGCUGUGUGGUAGAGUGCAUCAAUGCUUCCUUCAGCUUCCCCAGUCCAUGCCCCACACAUAAUUUUUACCAGUCUCCUUCUUUCUCUGAACUUCUGUGUUUUUAUCCUGGAAGUGCUGUUUGUCUUGUUGUAACCUCUUUAUGGCUUAUUUCUGCUGUCUUGUCAAAUAUACAGUUGCCUUGGAUGACGUUCAGCACUCUCUAUGUCUUCCAUCUUUCCUGUCCCUUGACUAGCCGUGACUCAGGUCUGCUCAGCCAGGUAUCUUGCUGGCCUGAGGUGAGUUUGCAACUAUCCAGGCUUUGUUCAUUCUUCAUUUACUCCUGUGUGGCAAUCCCGUGAGCAGUCGGGAAACAUGCUUUGAGUUAGUUUAUACCAUCCAGCUACUGUGCCCUUGUUCUCCUUUCUCUUAGAUGCAUGUCCACUAAAUCCCAGAGUCUCAGAAGCAGGGAAGUUGCCUCUUUUCUCCAUUGACUCACCUUCCUCUCUGCUGGGCACAGACUCAGCACACUCGGUGCAGUUUAGUGGGUCUCCAGUUUCAUUAAAUCACUCAUUUCAGCUUUGGCUUGGAAGGGCCUUUCUGUUCUGGUCACAUUCUUGGCUAAUGGUCAGUAUAAGUGUGGGCUCUUUAUUUCUGUCAGUAGCUGAUGAUGGAGGUGAAGUCAAAACCUAACCCACCCAGAAACUUACCAUCUGCUUUUUGUCAGAAUUGCCAAGAGAGCAGACAAGCUAUUGAAGUGUCUCCACAUUUUCAUCUGUUUCCUCUGUUUAGAUUCUGGGGAAAUGAAUAGCAAAACAUAGAAGUGGAGAAUGUGUUGUUGCCUUCUGUGGACCAGUGGCAAGCUUAUUGUUUUCAACAGAAUUCUUAUCUGGAGAUAGAGUGUGGUUUUGUUACUUCCAAAACACCCCUCCUCUGAUACACACAUCCAAAGCCUUUUAAGUAUAUAGAGAACGUUGUGAAAAUUACUAUCACCACUUGACCCCAACUUUAACUAUGGGUCUCUCUUGGGUGAAAAAAAUCUUGAAAAUCCCAUAAUAUUCUUCUAAAACCUCAUCAAUACUAUUUCUACUUUUCAUUUUUUUUAGCUAAUAUAAUUUAUAUUACUUGCCAUGACUCUUUUGUCAUAUAUGUUUGAUUAAACAAACAAAUAAACAGAAUUAAGUCAUGAAGAACUGAGACUAAAAUUGAAGAUGCUGACAGAGGGAUAUAAUGAUUGAGAACAGGAAGCAAUACAAAAGUUAUCUGUUAUUUUAACAAAGACUGUCUACCUCAAACAGACAGACUUCCAUAAUUUUACCAUGCUACAAAUAAUGGCCUUUAGGGUUUGUCUUAGUUAGGGUUUCUAUUGAUGCGAUAAAAACACCAUGACAAAAAGCAAGUUGAGGAGGAAAGGGUUAGUUCAGCUUGUACUUCCAGAUGAUAGUCCACUACUAAAGGAAGUCAGGACAGAAACUUAAGCAGGGCUUCAACCUGGAGAUAGUAGCUGAUGCAGAGGCCAUGUGCUGCUUACUGGCCUGCUGCACAUGGCUUGUCCAGCCUGCUUUCUUGGAGAACAAAAGACUGCCAGCCCAGGGAUGAUGCUACCCAAAAUGGGCGGUGCCCUCUGCCAUUGAUUGCUAAAUGAGAAAAUGCCUUAUAGCUGGAUCUCAUGGAGACAUUUCCUCAACUGAGGCUUCUUUCACUCUGAUGACUCCUGCUUGUGUCAAGUUGACACCCAAAACUAGCCAGUACGGGGGUUUUGUUUGUUUUGUUUCUCCCUGUAUGGAACAUGCAAUAAAUAUAAGCAUUACAUAGAA